AUGUUCAUUGAGAACAGCUUCUGGUCUCCCGCGACAGUACACGUACUCGAGCACACAACAACAACACAACAUCAGCAGCAGCAGCAACAGCAGAAGCAACAGCAGAAGCAACAGCAGAAGCAACAGCAGAAGCAACAGCAACAGCGCUACCCUCAGCAGCAACAGCAGCUACUACCAUCACAUCCCUUCUCCCUUUCUCUCGCCCGCUUGACAAGCAUCAUGGGCGCCUAUCUCUCGAUCUUGGCCAGCAACUCCUGCUGGGUUCUCAAGAAGUUUUUCCUGAAAUUGAGAAUCCGCAGGCGGGUUCGCAAGAUCUUACGAAAGCCACCCAAGCACGGGAGCACGUCGACCUUCGACUGCUCCCUCUCAGAGGUUCCUAUUGAACUCUGGGAAGGUGACUUCGGCCCUCUCUCUCCUUUCUCCUCUCCUGCCUCCUCUCCUGUUGUGUCGCCGGCGCCAACCCUCCCACGGGUUGUUCCGCGCCCUCGGCGUGGACACCUGUCCGACCGGUGGACAACAUGGAACUAG